CUGUGUCUCAAAGCUGCUGUUUGCUGCUGCCCCCAAGCACACUGAACCCAUCCUUGCUAUUCCUUGGCUCCUGCCCAGGAUGUCCCACACCCCCUGUGCUGUGCCAGGACAUCUUGCUGCUCUGUUUUCAUUAAUAAGUGUCAAUGUGACCCUCAGCACGUGGGCUUUCCAGGACUCUCAGCUAGAUGGAGAUCCUCACAAUGCUUUAUUGUUAGCAGGAGCUCAGUGGCCCUGGAUGGUUGAAAUCCUGAGCAGCAGCAGCAGCAGAGCAGUGCAGCAGCAGCCAUGUCUCUGCCCUUCCGAAAGGAGCUGGAGAAGUACAAGAACAUCAACGAGGAUGAAAUACUCAGCAAGCUCUCAGAGGAUGAACUGAAGCAGCUAGAGCAUGUUCUUGAUGACCUUGAUCCUGAGAAUGCCCUGCUUCCAGCGGGAUUUCGGCAGAAGGACCAGACCACUAAAGCUGCCACGGGCCCCUUCGACAGAGAGCGCCUGCUCUCCUACCUGGAGAAGCAAGCGCUGGAGCACAAGGACAGAGAGGACUUCGUGCCCUUUACAGGGGAAAAGAAAGGAAAAAUAUUUAUCCCUAAAGAAAAGCCCAUAGAAACCCGCACAGAAGAGAAAGUGACCCUGGAUCCAGAACUAGAAGAGGCCCUGGCCAGUGCUUCAGACACCGAGCUCUAUGACCUUGCAGCUGUUCUUGGAGUGCACAACAUGGUCAACAACCCAAAAUUUGAUGAAGCAGGAGCCCGUGGUAAAGAUGGAAAAGGAAUCGUGAGAAAUGUGGUGAAAGGUGAAAAGGUCAAGCCCAUCUUUGAGGAGCCACCUAAUCCAACCAACGUGGAAGCAAGUUUACAAAGGAUAAAAGCAAAUGAUCCUACUCUCACAGAAAUCAAUCUCAACAACAUAAAGAAUAUUCCUAUUCCAACACUGAAAGAAUUUGCAAAAGCCCUGGAAACCAACACACAUGUGAAGACAUUCAGCCUUGCAGCUACACGAAGCAAUGACCCCGUAGCUAUUGCAUUUGCAGAUAUGUUGAAAGUGAACAAAACACUGAAGAGUCUGAAUGUAGAAUCCAACUUCAUCACUGGGACAGGAAUUUUGGCACUGAUUGAUGCACUGAAAAAGAAUGAAUCCCUAACAGAGAUUAAAAUUGACAACCAGAGGCAGCAGCUUGGGACAGCUGUAGAGAUGGAGAUUGCCAAGAUGCUGGAGGAGAACUCCAGGAUUCUCAAGUUUGGAUACCAGUUCACAAAACAAGGUCCAAGAACCAGGGUAGCAGCAGCUAUCACUAAAAACAAUGAUCUGGUUCGGAAGAAGCGGGUGGAAGGGGAGCGGCAGUAGCCACAGCAUCGAGGACACCAGGCACGACUGGAGCCACCACCAGCUGCAGCCUCAGAGUGCUCACUGCUCAGAAGGAAAGGCACUGGAAAACUAUUACAAUGGGAGUUGCUGAUUUCUGUUAAUGUCUCCUUUUAACCUUGAAAACAGAGCCUGUUCAUUUUCAAUUUUCACAGUUAAUUUAAUUCUUUUGAGAAAGGUUCAUAGUUGGUUUGAUUUUAAUGAAGCAAAUGGUUUGCAGUAUCUGAAGCCAAUAUGCAGCAUCUUAACUGUGUUACUGAGCAUAGCAUAUAGUGACUGUGACCCUUACUUUAGACACUUUCUGAUAUAUAAAAAUAUGACCUUGUAUAUAGAUAAGGGAUUCUCUGCUGAAAAUAGAAAUUUUAGGGCCAAGUUCUGCAAUGCCUUAUGUUUGUGAAUAAUCCUUACUUACGUGUAUAGUCCUGCUGAACUGAAUCCUGCAGUGGGCUGCUCCCAGGAGUAGAACUAGUGAUGCCAGUACAGGUUUGCAGGUUCACAGCCCUGAGCCUCUCUCCUGCAGUGGGAUCUGGGCAGCUGGAACCACCUUGGAAUGGCUCCUGUCACCCUUGUUGUGUCUCCACCCGUCCAGCUCCCAGUGCAGGAUCACGCCUAGACGUAUAAACAUUGUCAAAGCGUACUUGUUUACAUAAGCUUAGGUUAGGUGGAUCAUUUUGCAAUGUUACACUGAUGUUUUUUAUUCUUACUCCACAUUGUAAAGUAAUAUUAGUGCUGCCAAUCCUAUAGACAUUGAAUGUUUUGGGGUUUUUUUCUAGGCCAACAAGUUUUUGUUUGCUACUAGAGUGCACAGUUUACAGCUAGUGAUCUUAACCUAAACAAGUAUUCUGAGCAAUAUUUGUUUUGCUUUGAGCCAUGAGUUUAACUUUUUUUAGUUCUGGUAUUUAUGUACAUUUGUUAGCAUUAUAGGACUGUUCUCAGGACCUUUUAGAUGAAGAUUAAUUAAAUACUUAAUCCAAGAGAGCCACUGUGCUACCAGGAAAAGACAUUAAAGGGGUAGUUUUGACAGCUACAUAACUGACAUUUAUAUGCUGCAGUUGAGGUUUGUCCCUGUAUCACAAGGCACAUGGGUAUUCAUGCAGUGUCUAUCUCAAUAAGGGCAGAUUUAAGCACAAGCACAAAUGCUUUGCUAAAUCAUGGCCUUAUCUUACAUGCUGGACAUUAUCUUAAGCCAGUGGAAAACACUCAUGAAGCAGCAGCUAACCCCAAUGCUCAACAGCAUCGAAAUUUUGGUAAGAAUUCAGUCUGAUGUUUCAUUUUGUGUAUUUUACCAUCUAAAACAACACUCUACCACAGUUGUAUCACUGCCAACAGCUGACUGACAGCAAGAGCUUCAUUUUGGUUACACAUGUGCAUGCUGUGAGAGCGAAGGGACGCUCAGGUCAGGUGUGUCACACCCCCAGGCUUUCAGAAAGCUGCAGGAAUGCUCCUGCCAGUGCUGUUACCUGGGGCACCCUGGCCUCUCUGAGAGCAGGGAUGAAGCACUGCUUGCUUGGGACAGUGCUGGACACCACAGUCACUGCAGGAUGUUCCUGAGCCAUCAGUUGGCACUGUGCAGCUGGGCAUCCAGGGGUCAGGGAGCUGGGGAGUCCCAGAGCCACGGGUGGAUGCUUGGCACACUUCCCUGAGAUGUUUUCAUCUUGCUGGGGUGCAGUUAACAGGAUGAACCCUCCCUCUGUGCCUUCUAUAAUGGAAAUGAGUAGGUCCAAGCCUCUUGCUGUUGGAUACUGGUCUUUGUAGUGGGGUCCAAAGUGAGUAACACUCGCUGAAAUCCCACUUAAAAUACUUGGCUAAAGUGGUCUGCUCAGCUGGGAUAUAAAGUGCAGUAGCCACAGUUUACUUCCCUGUGAGCUCCCAGUCUCUACAAUUUCCACUUCUUCCCUUCCUCAGAAUAAACUAAAACCUUUGCUUUGCAAGUAAGAAACAAAACACACAGAGGAGUCUUGCUAAGGUUUUCCCUGGAUCCAUGCAGGAUUUGCUGUGAAAAACUUUGAUAACUAAUUUUUUUUUUUAAUUACAAGUUCUGUAUUACAGUCCUAACUCUGCAUAGGCUUAAAUAGAAUCCUUAAAAAGCAUUUGGAUUACAAGGGGAAUACUGGGCUUUGCACCAUGAAAUUUCAUGGGUGGGAAGAAUCCUCAUCCACUAAGCCUAAAGAUUAUGUUACUGAUAACCUUCAGUGAUAGGAAUCACACUGCCCCUAAUUUCUUGUUCUUUUCCUUUGAUCCAACCAAGAGAAUCCCAAUUAUCAAUCAAUCCUUUGAAGAUUUUUUAAUGGUUAUUUUUUUCUUUAAGAGUGGUACGUAUCUGUGUUUAAGGGAAUCAAGUGCAAUCCAUUUCUAGUCUUAAUUGCCAUUGCCAGUGUUGGUAUUUGCAUGCAGGAGUUUCACAAGGAUGGCUUGGUCUGACUGCUUCAUGGUGUCUGCAGCAUGUCCUGUAUAGCUUUGCUCAGAGCCACACACUGGUUACAGUCAGUGGCUCCAUGCAUGUUUAGCAGUCCCAGAGUGCACCAUGGAUGAGGUGCCUGGCUGGGGACAGCCCUGUGGGCUCUCCAUCCCUCCAUCUGCUGUGCCCUUUGCACAGCCAGGUUCCUCUGCAGGGAGGAGCCUUGCCCUGGAGGGAUCAUCUCAAACACCAGCCCCACCAUGGGCCGGCAGACAGGGCAGAGCACCUGGGAGUCUGGCUCCUUCCAGCACAUGUGAGGACAGCUCCCAGGCCCUGGCUGUUUCUCCAGGCAGCUGCUGCCAGCCCCUGCCAGGGGCUCAGUGACCAGGGAUUUCUUUAUCUUGCCUCUUCUGUGUGCUCCACACAAGGCCUUGGUUGUCACCAGCCUCCAGUGUCACAGGUCACACAUUGCAACAACAUAAAGAUGUGUUGGAUGCAACAACAGCACACAAUGGUGAUGCUUGGAGGCAGAUUUUCAUACUAAUACAGGAUUAUUUAACUGGUUAAAAAUCUCUGCAACUGACAUAAAGGGGGCAGGAUGUGACAAGUUAUUUCAUAUCCUACUUUCAGACAACAUCUGGCAAUGUCAAUGCUGAAUGGGGAACAGGGACAGAAGAGUCCUUUUUUCUUAAGCAAACAUUCAGGAGUAACUUUAUCUAUUUUUGCACAUUGCUUCUCGUGUUGAUUGCUUCAGUUUGGUUUGUAUUUUUUAUACAGUUUUUUCAUGGAAAAGCUCAACUUUGUGCGUGUCCCAACAUCCCUGUGAAGUGUAGCGUGCACUGAGGACCAUGUGUGUACAUGUAUAAGUGACGAUGUUAUCUCUGGAACAAAAGGAAUUGCAUGCGCACAGUGUGGUGCAUAUUACUCAAGAGGAAGAGAAUUACCACGCUAUGUAACAGUGACUCCCCAGCAUUGUGGUUUUUCUAAAUAAACCUUCACAAAGGAUUUGG